CGAAUGAAAUCAUAAAAUCUAAGUUAGAAAAAGUGGAUUAUAUUCGAGGUUAUUUUGAUGCCGAAGGUGGUAUCGCCAAGUCUCCUAAGUCAUCCAAUGAAAAGUCAAUAUUUACGGGUGAAGAUAUAGUCCAGGCCCUUGGGAAACCAAGGGGUAAACCUGAACAAGGGCAAAUGGAAGCCGAGGAGAUAAGAGACUUUUUUACUGAAUUAAGUCCAUUUAUCCAAGCGCCCACCAAAGAUGAGAAAGCCCAACAAGUCGAAGCCGAUUUCAAAAAAGGCAAGGACAAUUCACUAAUCAUUAAAAGUUUACUAGACGUGUUUAAUAGAUUAGUCGCUUUGAGCCAAAAGGCUACCCAAGAAAAAGCCGAGUUAUUAAUUGAGUUGUUGGAGCCUUUUGUUAUUAUUUACAAUCCUAAUUCUCCAAGAGGAAAAAAACAAUGGUAUGAAUCAAAAAAAAUUGGAGUGCUUGAAAGCGGGAGAGGAAGAAAAGAGGAAUUAAAAACCACCUUAGAAAAAUUACGAGCCAUAAAAGAGGGAACGGCUCAAACCGAGGAAAAUACUGCUAACCAAGACAAUAAUAACCAGACAAACGAAACUAACAACAAUAACGAUCAGACAAACAAUAAUGACGCCCAAUUAGCCGCUGAAAAGAAAGUAAAAGUGGUUAUAAAAGCCGCUAAUGCGGCAUUAACCAGUAGUGAUUUAGGAGUAGUCGAAAAAGCCACCGCUGAAUUAACUGAUUUACAGUUUAGCAAUAACCAACUAGAAAGAGGAGAAUUUAACAAACAAGGCGGAGGGGAUUUAGUUGAAAAAAUAUUAAACAGACAAGAGCAAUUAAAAAAUUCUGGUCCCCAAGGAGAAAACAACCAAAAAGAUGACCCAAUUCAACCGGACCGUGCCGCGGCUAUUACGGAAAUCGCUAAUAAACUGACCGAGACGGGAGUCAAGACCAGUGAAUUAAGCAAUGAUUAUCACGACUACCAAGCCAAAAUGAAAGGCUUCACCAAUCUCAACCAAAUUAAUAAUUUCAAAAAUAAUAUGCUAGCGGCCAUUGCAGCCAAAGCCCAGGAGAAGCAGGACGCCGAGCAAAUGGAUGAUAAAGUUCGCAAUAAUAGCCAAAAGACCGGUGCGGAAUUGAAUGAGGCCUUAAAAGAAAUCGCCGACGACCACGGCAAAAAAA